ACCACAUCCAAGUCGCUUCCUAUCCACCCGACGACGCCACCACAACUACUACUACAACUCCCUCUCGACAGCUUAUUCCUUUCAUCCUACUCAAACUCCACGUCCCCCUAUCAUUACACAAUGUCGGCGAGGAAAAAGGUUCUCCUCAAGGUUAUCAUCCUUGGCGACUCUGGUGUCGGCAAGACCUCGCUCAUGAACCAGUAUGUCAACAAGCGCUUCUCCAACCAGUACAAGGCUACUAUCGGUGCCGACUUCCUCACUCGCGAGCUCGUUGUCGACGACCGCGUCGUGACGAUGCAGCUCUGGGACACGGCAGGCCAGGAGCGCUUCCAGUCGCUCGGUGUCGCCUUCUACCGUGGUGCCGACUGCUGCGUCCUCGUCUACGACGUCAACUCGAGCAAGAGCUUUGAGGCUCUCGAUGGAUGGCGGGACGAGUUCCUCGUUCAGGCCUCUCCACACGACCCUGAGAACUUCCCCUUCGUCGUGUUGGGUAACAAGAUUGACAUGGAGGAGUCGAAGCGCAUGGUCUCACAAAAGCGGGCCAUGACUUGGUGCCAGGCCAAGGGCAACAUCCCAUACUUUGAGACCUCGGCCAAGGAGGCGAUCAACGUCGAGCAGGCGUUCCAGACCAUUGCCAAGAACGCGCUGGCACAGGAGGCCGAAACCGAGCUCUACGCCGACUACCCCGACCCGAUCAGGAUCGACUCGGACAACUCCCAGAACUACGGCUGCAGCUGCUAAUGGGCGCUCAUGACCCUCCGCACCCCAGCCGCCCGCCUUGCUUGCAGACCCGCCUCCUUACCCGCGCACGUUUAAUUCCCCCGGUCGGCCUUUCAAGCCAUUGCCGUUCCUUACAGGCUUCACAUUCUCCCAUUUCCAAGUCCAGUCCUUCGAUGUCGUCCCUGUAGACCUUUUGUGUAUAGCUAGUGAUGGGAGGGAAGGAGGGGACGGGCGGGCACUGGCAGUACGACAGAGACUAGUGAUGCAUUGUGUGUUGGCG